UGUUUAAACAAUUCUGUUCUCGAACCAUAACAUCAUAGUAGUAUGUCAUCAAACUGCUAGUGAGCGAUAUUGACAGAUACUCUGAUGAGCGAAUUCCGCGAGAAAAUGUCCAAAGACAGUUUAAUUGAAUUAUUGAACCAAUCCAUCGACUCUACUGAAGGGUCAGUUGUGAAUUUUAAAACUCUACACCUUUUGCUGUACAAUUUAGUAAACCGACAUGGUGCCGAGAGGGAGACAGAGGACGGGAGAGAAGCGGACGUUAGAAGAGAUGUCACCGAGAGACUCUCAGACUCGGAUACGAGCGAACAAUUGGAGGACAGCAAGGAAGGAGUGUCUAAGGUAAUUUCAAGUACAAGUCUCAUGCAAGACUUGGUAAAACAGAUUCAGGAGCUCAAGGGGGAGGCAGACAACCUGAAGGAAGAAGUGGGGAUACUUCGAGAUCAGCUUAAUCAGGAACUGAAAGACAACAUCACUAGCCCUGGGUUCUCAGAUACAAGUAGAGAGGUCUUUCCGACCAAAAAAGAUCAAAUACAGGAGAUGGACAAGAGCCUGGAUGUUCGUUUGGAGCACCUGGAAGGAUUAUUUGAGGAAUUUUCCAAGUCUUUGAUGACAGCAAGCCAAGGCAGUGAUGGUAUCAGUGGAUCAGAGCAACAGCUUUAUUUGCAAACAGCUGACCUCAGGAAUUCAUUUCACAAGCUGGAUAAGGAGAUGCAAAAUGUGAAGCAAGAAUUGCUGGUGCUUAUAAUGGAACAGAAGAGAAGCUCAGAGAAUGAAAUACAGGAUAAGGAACUGAAAGACAGCAUCAUUGGCCCUGGGUUUUCAGAUACAAGUAGAGAGGUUAAUAGCAAAGAUCAACUACAGGAGAUCAUAAAGUGCCUGGUGGCUCGUGUGGAGCACCUGGAAGGAGUAUUUGAGGAGUUUUCCAAGUCUUUGAUGACAGCAAGCCAAGGCAGUGAUGGUAUCAGUGGAUCAGAGCAACAGCUUUACUUGCAAACAGCUGACCUCAGGAAUUCAUUUCACAAGCUGGAUAAGGAGAUGCAAAAUGUGAAGCAAGAAUUGCUGGUGCUUAUAAAGGAACAGAAGAGAAGCUCAGAGAAGGAAAUACAGGAUAAGGAACUGAAAGACAGCAUCAUUACCACUGGGUUCUCAGUUACAAGUCGAGAGGUUAAUGUCUUUGUGAUCAACGAGUUGGAGGCUCGUGUGGAGCACCUGGAAGGGGUAUUUGAGGUGUUUUCCAAGUCUUUGAUGACAGCAAGCCAAGGCAGUGAUGGUAUCAGUGGAUCAGAACAACAGCUUUAUUUGCAAACAGCUAACCUCAGGAAUUCAUUUCAGAGGCUGGAUAAGAAGGUGGAAAAUUUGAAGCAAGAACUGCUGCUGCUUAUAAAGGAACAGAAGAGAAGCUCAGAGAAGGAAAUACAGGAUAAGGAACUGAAAGACAGCAUCAUUGGCCCUGGGUUCUCAGAUACAAGUCAAGAGGUAAAUGUCUUUCAGACCAACAAAGAUCAACUACAGGAGAUGGAAAAGCGCCUGGUGGCUCGUGUGGAGCACCUGGAAGGAGUAUUUGAGGAGUUUUCCAAGUCUUUGGUGACAGCAAGCCAAGGCAGUGAUGGUAUCAGUGGAUCAGAGCAACAGCUUUAUUUGCAAACAGCUGACCUCAGGAAUUCAUUUCACAAGCUGGAUAAGGAGAUGCAAAAUGUGAAGCAAGAAUUGCUGGUGCUUAUAAAGGAACAGAAGAGAAGCUCAGAGAAGGAAAUACAGGAUAAGGAACUGAAAGACAGCAUCAUGGGCCUUGGGUUCUCUGAUACAAGUAAUCAACUACAGGAGAUGGACAAGCGCCUGGAGGCUCGUGUGGAGCCCUUGGAAGGAGAAAGAGAAUAUAUACUGAGCCCAGGGAGUGUGUCAGAGAGUUCAGGAGAAAUUGAGGAGCUUUCCAAGUCUAAGGUGACAGCCAGCCGUGGCAGUGAGAGUAUAAGUGGUUCAGAGCAACAGCUUCAUCUGCAAACAGCUGACCUCAGGAAUUCAUUUCAGAAGCUGGAUGAGGAGAUGCAAAAUGUGAAACAGAAACUGCAGGAACAGAAAGAAAUCACAGAGAAGGAAAUGCAGGAUAAGCUGGACAGUCUUCACUCCAUACAGGAUAACAUGAGCCUGAAGACCAAUGAACUCUUCCAGUUCUUUGAGAAUCUGCAGAGCAUCGUUACUGGUCUAAUCAAUGACAUAGCCACAGAGAAGGCCAGAGAUGUGCAUGGGACUGUCCUGCAACUCCAGGCUGAGUGUGAGAAGCUUUACAGUACAACCAACCAGCUAAUGAAGGAACAGGAGCAGGAACAAAGUCACACUAAAGACCUGUACAAGAUUACUAAGGAGCUGGAGGAGAAGAAGGCAGACAAGGAUGAAGUAAAAAUUGUAGAAGACUUUAAAGCAGAAAUGCAGACACUGGAGGCCAAGGUCCUCCUGUGUGAUACAGCAGCAGACCAGCUGAACAGGAUGAUUCAGGAUAUAGCCAGCAACAUCUGUGAACAUGAGGAGAAUUCUCAAAGGGUUAAUGAAAAGAUCUUCAGUGAACUGGAUUGCAAGUUAAACUACACUGAGCUGGAUGGUGUGAAAAGGCAGCUAGAGGAAUGCAAGAUGAAGAUUUUCCAGCUAGACACCCAAACCACAGAAUCUUAUGAUGCUGCUGUUAUCAGGAAACAUUGUUUGUCAAAGUUCAAAUGCCUCUCCUGCGAUCGUCCUGUCAACAUGAGCAAUCCUAGACCAUCCAUGUUGGUAAUGCCUGAGCCACCAGGUUUGCCCCGUGCAAAGCACCACAUUAAAACAAGAUUGAGGCAGUGGACUAUCUUGGACCAGUCAGAGAAAUCACCUACAUCAAGGAGCAUAGAAAAAACCAGAGAGACAGACAGGUGUGGUUUUGAAGUCAACAAGAAGUAUCAAGACACCAGUUACGUAAAGGCUGCAGACGUGAGAGUGACUUUCCCCCCAGCAACAGAAGGCUGCUACAAAAACAAGAGCAAGGUCAGUCAGUUGCUGACAUCUAGUGGUAGAAAGCCUAGGCGGCAGCUGCUAUUACGAGACCAGGGUCCCAACAAAGAGAUGAUUUGCACUGGUUUAGGCUGUUUAGAGAACAACAGGCAAUGGUACCCAGAGGACAGUUUUCCACCGAUCCCACGGUCUUGACAGAUGCUUUCAGCCUAGAAAAUAUGAUGGCAUCUCUCCUUAAAUAAUGGCAGCAUACACAUGGCAACACCUAUGAUAAUGGUAUGUUCGUUAAUGUCAGCUGCUGUUCUGUUUUACCCUUUAUAUUGUCAGGGGCCUGUGGUUUGCCUGGACCAAAUGCACAGGCACAGGUGACUGACAGGCACUAACAUAGUGCAAGCCAUGACCUUGCCAUCUUGGGGCCAAUAAUAAGAUUUCAUAGCCUUGCUUAUGAAUUCUGUUAAUUUUGGGCAGAAUCAGUAGUAAUGGUUGUGGCUUCUCAGAGCCUUGAUAGGCUGAACACAGACACACAAGCAGGCAUGGUGGCUUUAACAGAAAAGCAGUUUAUUCUCAGUGCAAUUAAUGAAGAAUUUAGUCAUUUCAAUGAGAAAAUAUAUCACACUAGCUAAAGUGAACACCACCAUGCCUGUGUGCGGUUUAGCUGUCAGGCCAGCUAAAUCAUUCAUAAAAACUGAUAAAAUCCUUGUAGUAAGGCUAGUGAAAUUUGUUGCAACCAGCAUUGUGUGCAUUCAUGCUGUAGUUUGCACUUCACUAGCUAAUAUUACUCGGGCUGCAACCAUUUUUUAAGGUGGUCAUAGGUUAGAGCCUGUCAGUAAUCUGUGUAAGCAUAGGUAGUGCCAGAGAGGGGCUAGCAGGUGCUUCAGCAUCCCCAAGAAAGAACAAAGCUCUCCCAUAGCACCCCCAAACAUUUUUAAAGCAAUAAUGUAAGGACUGAGUUCUAAUUAAUAAUUUUGUUAAUCAUUUAAAGGAACAAAUAAAAUAAAGUAAAAACAUUUACUUAUUACACUUGCAUAACGUUACAUGAGUUGCAGCUUCGCUGGCUUAGGCAUACUAUCAUUACAUUACAUUUUAAAAAUGGAGUGAUUUCUUGUGCCAAAUAAGUUACCUUGUAAUUCUAAUUCAGAUUUCACUUCCAGUGAAUAUAAACAUACCUCAGCCUGCGGUACAUAAUGGUUCAGAUGUUGAUUGUUCGAACACUCAAUCUGCAUGAACACAACAAUCUGUCGAAGAUUUUCCCAUGGUUGCAGAGAGAGCAAUUUAAAAUUUCAAAAAAUUUCUAAAUUAUCUGGUGCCGCCCCUAUGUGUAAGUACAUACUUGCCUUGCAGCCCCUGCUGAGGCAGAGAGUAAACAUGCCACCUCAUCUGCCAGGUCAUUGGAAAACCUAAACUUCUGGCAGAUGUAGCAGCAGACCUAGCAUCCUCUCACUCAGCAAACAAUGAACAUGAAGGGACGAAUCAAUCCACAAAACAGGUUGAAAGAUGAGUGUGCUUCUGGAAGGGAAAACUCGAUAGGUUUUGAUGGCACUCGGACACCAGCUUUGGACCUCUGGAUACUUCAUUUUGUAGAAAGGAUUCAGAAUGCACACCUGAAAGCAUCCAUGAUAUUUGUACCACCUGUGGCUUUUAGGAUGGGUGAAAUAGAACAUUACAUGCUGUAUUAUAUUAAAAAAAUAAUUAUUUAAAUAUAAUUAUUUAAAUGUAUCAUUAUCAUGAACUGUUGCACAAUGUGAUAACUUGCUCAAUAAAUAUAUACAAUAAUCAUGCAA